CUUCACAGUCGUCUUCUUCACUCCGCUUUCAACUUCCAAAGCGCACAAUCGAUUUUCAAUUCGAUAGCUUCCGGCGGCGGUCGAAAGCCGAAUCUCUUGCAGCUAUGGCUGCCGAUCCUGCGAACUCAAACACCGCAUUCUCCUCUGACAUUCAUACGCCAGUUUCUCUUCCGGCGAACAAUUCGGCGCGCCUGUAAGGUGUUCGAUUAAAUUACCAGUAGAAAAUUAGGGUUAGCGAUUACGUGCAGAAUUCCGAUGAGGAAGAAGCUGCUAAAUCCGGAAUCGUUCUCGGCGGUCCGCCGUAAUCAGAGGUCAAGGAUCCGUCCUCCGCCGCCGGCGGUAAUUCGCGUAUCGAAACACAUAGCUUAUUUAGGGCGGCCGAAGGAGGGACCGAAACCACGGCAGCUGCUGUCUCUGCCGCCAUUUCCCGGCCAUCCUUUGCCGGGAAGGAAAUCGAACACGGCGGAGCAUGUAACCGCCAUUAGCUGGCUGAAAUAUUACUUCGAUGAUAUCUCACCGUCUGCCAUUCAGAAGCACUUCAAUAAAGGCCUUGUGCAGAUGGAAGUUAAUGAUUCGAGAGGCUCGUUGGGAUGUUGCAGAGGACGAACAGAGUUCAUGAGGAAGAUUAAACAUAGCGACGUUAUGGAGGUUGGUGCCAGAGUUCAUGUCCCUGUAUCUGUUGCCGAAAGCAAGAUUUCCAAGAGGUUCGAUGUUAUACCGAGUGGCACGCUGUAUCCAAAUGCAGAUGAGAUCGAGUACUUGCGCAGGCUCGUGAGGUAUAAGGACUCGGCUAUACUCGUGUUAAAUAAGCCUCCCAAGUUGCCGGUUAAGGGCAACUUGUCGAUCCACAACAGCAUGGAUGCCUUGGCAGCGGCAGCGUUAUCAUACAAUUACAACGAGGGUCCAAAGUUGGUGCACCGGAUCGACAGAGAGAGUAGCGGUCUUCUUCUAAUGGGAAGAACGAGUGAAAGCAUUACUCAUCUCCAGUGGCUGUUCAGUGACGGGAAGAAGUCGAAGAUCCCAUCUACGGAUUGGCGCAACGCUUGCGACGCAAUGUAUCAGAAGUAUUGGGCAUUGGUCAUCGGCUCACCGAAGCAGAAAGACGGCGUAAUUCGCACCCGCCUCACAAAGGUCCUUCUUGAUGAUGGGAAGACUGAAAGAGUUACUCUAGCUUCUAACUCAGGCUUAGAAGCUUCCCAAGAAGCGGUUACGGAAUAUCGAUUGCUCGGCCCGACGAUCAACGGUUGUUCGUGGGUCGAGCUACAACCGCACACCGGUCGAAAACACCAGCUUCGCGUACAUUGUGCCGAAGCUCUUGGAACUCCGAUCGUCGGCGACUACAAAUACGGGUGGUUCGUCCACCAGAAGUGGAAGCAAAUGCCGAGAAUCGACGUCGAGCCAACGUCCGGAGAGCCCUACAGGCUGCGGAGACCCGAGGGUUUGGAUGUUCAGAAAGGCAGCGUGUUGUCGAAAGUUCCUCUCCUGCAUUUGCAUUGCCGGGAGAUGGUGUUACCCAACGUUGCCAAGUUCAUCGACCUCUACAAACGAGAAACGGUUAGCAGCAGCUAUCGUUGUUCGGAUCCCCAUCCCGACUCGAAGAAAGCGGAUAUCCUCCGUUUUGUGGCGUCGAUGCCUUCUCAUAUGAAAAUUAGCUGGAAUCUCAUGUCCUCUUACUUGGUAUGAUGAUCUAGAUAGUCAUGUCGAGACGAAUUCGAGUAAUGAAUAGGCUAAAAAAUACGUGGAAAUUUCUUAUAA